AGUCUGCGGCGCGGAGCCUGGGCGGCCCCGGGGAGGGACUGUAGUGGGGAGGGGCGCAGUAGCCGCCGGGGGGCUGCAGACGCCAGGGCCCGCUAGUGUUGCACACGAAGCUGUUCAGAGAAGAACCUAGCAGAGCGGGACUCUCAUCCUGGGCCACCCUUUGUCUGGGUUGGGGGGCCCGUGACAGGGAGGACUGGGGAUCCGAGGGGUGGGACCGGGACGGGACGGAAGGGCCCGGAGCAGCGGCCACCGCAGAGGAGCCAAUUUGGGAGCGGGGUGAGUGUCUGCUAGAGGAAAAUAGUAGAACUCUGAAGCCUCGGUAGGAUAUGGGGCCUGUCCCAGGCAGUGAAGAGGAAAGGACCUGAGAAGCUAAGCUGGGGGUGGGGGAUCAACCAGAACAAGGAAUCCAGGCACCAAGGGUCCAGCUGAGCCCAGGAGCUGCACGGAAUGGUGGCAGUCACCUUGCCAGUGCAGCGGGCAUGGACCAGACUGCAACCUAGGGAAUCAAGGCAUCAGUCAAGAAGAGGGGACAUACAGCUAGACUUGACGCCUCUUCAUCGGGAUGUCCCCAGGUCCCCCAGCCCAGGCCCAGCAUAAAGGCCGUGUGGGGGGGCCCCCCUGACCCAAGGGGGGACUUCAUGCGCCACGUGCAGGCGGAUCCGUCUCCAUCCUCAGAACCAGAGGCUGGCCCUUCACAGCCUCCAGUCAGACAGGGGGCCCUCCAGGGUGGCCUGCUCAUGGGCUACAGCCCAGCAGGGGGGGUAACAUCCCCCGGGGUCUACCAGGUAUCCAUCUUUUCCCCUCCAGCUGGUGCCUCUGAACCUCAUAGGGCUCUGAAGCGGCCAGCCCCACCCACUGAGGGUCCACGAGAGCUGAAAAGAAGCCCUGGGCUGGGGGUCAGAGAGGGAUUACCCCCUGAAGAACCAUCUACUGUAGGACUAUUGGGCCUAGAGGGAUUGGGGCUGGGACUGGGUGUGGCCAGUCAACAUUUCUCCCAUCAUGGCCUCUGUGUUGUGGAACAGGGAGUUAGUGCCACCUCACCUUGGACUUCAGGGGCCCAGAGUCCUCCCAGGCCCCCAUCAAAUGCUUCCUGCAAUACUUUGCACACCAGAGACUGGGCUUCCCCUGAACCAGGGGGACAGGGGUCCCUGGGGGAGUCUCCAGGGACAGUCCCUUCAGGCCAACUGCACACACUUGACACUGAUUUGCACAGUCUUGCACAAAUAGGGGGUAAGAGCCCAGUGGUUGGGGUGGGAAAUGGGGGCAACCCUUGGCCCAGGGAGUCCCCUGGCACUGCCAAUGGGCACAGUCCCGAGCACACACCCCCUGGCCCUGGACCUCCAGGCCCCUGCCCCACCAAGCGAAGGCUGCUUCCUGCUGGAGAAGCCCCGGAUAUCAGCUCUGAGGAUGAGGGGCCAGCCCCUCGGAGGCGCCGGGAAACCCUGGGCCAUAUUCUUGCUGCCAACAGUUCUGAUGCCAAAGCCACACCCUUCUGGAGCCACCUGCUGCCCCGGCCCAAGGAGCCUGUUUUGGACCCAACAGACUGCAGUCCCAUGGGACGGAGGCUGAAAGGUGCCCGUCGUCUGAAGCUGAGCUCCCUUCGAAGUCUCCGGAAGGGGCCAGGCCUGCUGAGCUCCCCCAGUGCCUCCCCCAUCCCAACCCCUGCUGUCAGCCGUACACUGCUGGGCAACUUUGAGGAAUCAUUGCUUCGAGGACGCUUUGCACCAUCUGGCCACAUUGAGGGCUACACAGCAGAGAUUGGAGCUAGUGGGUCUUACUGCCCCCAGCAUGUCACGCUGCCUGUCACUGUCACCUUCUUUGAUGUUUCUGAGCAAAAUGCCCCGGCCCCCUUCCUGGGUGUCGUGGACCUGAACCCCCUGGGGAGGAAGGGUUACAGUGUGCCCAAGGUGGGCACCAUCCAAGUGACCUUAUUUAACCCCAACCAGACUGUGGUGAAGAUGUUUCUCGUGACCUUUGACUUCUCGGACAUGCCUGCUGCCCACAUGACCUUCUUGCGCCAACGCCUCUUUUUGGUGCCUGUGGGUGAGGAGGGAAAUACUAAACCCACCCACCGCCUCCUCUGUUAUUUGCUGCACCUCAGGUUCCGGAGCUCCCGCUCAGGCCGCUUAAGCCUGCAUGGAGAUAUCCGCCUGCUUUUUUCCCGCCGGAGCCUGGAGCUGGACACAGGGCUCCCUUAUGAACUACAGGCUGUGACUGAGGCCCCCCAUAAUCCACGUUAUUCACCUUUGCUCUGACUACCAGCACUCUUGAACCUAGGUUGGCCAAAAGCCUGCCAUACUGCUCCAUCCUGGACAGGGUAAACAUGUGGAGAGAUGGCAAGAGCCCCUUCAGGCUUAAAUUAAAGUCCUGGCCACACACA